AUAUCUUGCACAGUGACGCCAUCAUCAAUCAAAACUUGCAGUCACUACGACGACGAUUUCACGUUCAAUCAUUCAAUGCCUUCGUUCCCUAUAAAUUCCACCCAAUUCCCAUCAUUCUCCACUCUUCACCUCCAUCCAUCCCCAAUUAAUAUACACACUUUUUGAUCUCGAAGAACAGGGAAUCCAUGGCGGAAGAAUUCGAAGAAUCCGAAGUUAUAUUUCGGGAAGAGGAAGUUGAGGACGAAGACAGCGAUGAUACUGAAACCGGCAGCGAUUUCCAGUUGAGUUCCAGGGAAUCCAGAAGCAACAGGGCGAAGAGGAAAAAGCUGAGCAAGAAGAGCUCGGUUCCCAUUAACAUCCCGGAAAAUGUGUCCGGGAGAUCAACGUGGUUCCGGUACAUGGAGGAGGAAGGGGAAAUGGUGCCGCCACACGUGAUCGUGGGGCGGCGCGUGGCCGGGAAGAUGAUGGCAUUUUCGGUUUGUACUGGGAACGGGAGGACUCUGAAGGGGAGGGAUUUGAGUGAAGUGAGGAAUUCGGUCCUCAGGAUGACUGGAUUUCUUGAGACUUGACUUUCAACCUCAGUCAUCAACCUCAAACUCCCUCCCCAAAAACCAAAAAAGAAAAUGAAUGACGAUCAUUAAAAUCGUUUCACUUUUAGAUGUUAUAGUGAUGAACAUUAUUAAUCGUGUUCUUGAAAAAGAAUCAUAACAAUUCCCUAAAAAAGACAAGGAAUUGAAAGGAACAAAAAACGUUUUGUAUGAUUAAUUGUUAUUCUUAUAUUCUUCAUUUAUCAAGAACAUGUAUAUUGUUUGUGAUGAA